AUGCCCAGCAGGAAGAUGAGAUUAAUGGAAACGUCUCUGUUCAAUCACACCAGAGUCACUGUGUUUAUUCUCUUGGGAAUCACAAACAAGACUGAGCUAAAGCUGCCUUUAUUUAUUACGUUUCUAGUGAUCUAUAUUGUUACUGUGGCAGGGAACCUGGGGAUCAUCUUUCUAAUCAGGAUUGAUCCUCGGCUCCACACUCCCAUGUAUUUCUUUCUUAGUAAUCUGGCUAUUGCGGAUGCCAGUUCUUCCUCAGCUGUUACACCGAAAAUGUUGGUGGAUCUCUUAACUGAAAAGAAAAGCAUUGGAUUCUUUGGCUGUGCAACUCAAAUGUUCUUUUGUAUUAUAUCUGGGAGUACUGAAUGCCUUUUACUUGCUGUGAUGGCGUAUGACCGGUAUGUGGCCAUCUGUAACCCUUUGCAUUACUCUGUAAUAAUGUCAGGAAAGUUGUGUACCUGGCUGGUAGCUAGCUCGUAUAUACUAAGCAUUUGGUAUUCAGUUUUAUAUAUUGCGUGCAUCUUUACUUUAUCCUUUUGUGGGCCAAAUGUGAUCAAUCAUUAUUACUGUGAUAUCCCCCCUCUGUUACAACUUUCUUGCUCAGAUACUCAAGCCAAUGAGACAGUGUUAUUUGCACAAGUCAGUAUAAACUGUAUAAGUACUACAAUGAUCAUUCUAAUUUCAUAUGGCUGCAUCAUGGCCACCAUCUUGAAGAUUCGUUCCACUGACAGCAGGCAAAAGGCCUUUUCCACCUGUUCUUCUCACCUGAUGGUUGUUAGCUUGUUCUAUGGCACAAUUUUCUACAUGUAUUUGCGGCCUAGCUCCACCUAUGCAUUGGAACAGGACAAAGUGGCUUCUUUGUUCUACACAGUGGUGAUCCCCAUGUUGAACCCCCUGAUCUACAGCCUGAGGAACAAGGAGGUGAAGGAUGCAUUUUGGAGAGUGUUCAGAAAGACACUGUAG